AUGACUGAACUUCCGAUUUUUUAUGCUACAACUGUGCAUUUGGAUCACCUUGUUACAGCGCUUGAUUGUUUGAUCCCUUUUGGGAUCAAAGAAGAAAUGUUAGUAACAAUAGAUGAUCAGGGGCUAUCAUUCACAAGAGAAAAUAACCACGUUAUUAAAAUUCAAAUGGUACUUUCGCGUGAGCUAUUUCAAACCUUUCAUUAUCAGCCAGAGAAUGAGGGUUCAGUUACCAAAGUUUCCCUUCGUCUUGACCAUUUACUGGAUAGUCUGAAUAUAAAUAAUGAUCAUGAUGAGAUAAUCGAAUGUACUUUGAGUUUCAAUGGAGAUGGAUAUCCUUUUACAUUAAUAUUUGAGAAUGAGUUGAUAACUGAAACCGCCGAAUAUUCCACAUAUUUGCUGAAAGACUUUGAUAGCACUGGUUUGAUAUUAGAUAGAGAACAACUGCAAUUCGAAUGUAUUAUGAAAGGUGAUAUUUUGUACAACGCCUUACACGAUCUAAAAGAGAUUGGGUGUAAAGACUGUUAUUUUUACGGAAUCCUAAACAAGAGCACAAAAAGACCUUUGUUUGCUUUAAUAUCUCGUUCGCAGCAAGGCUUAUCCAAAAUAAUACUACCGAACGAACGAUCCAUAUUAGAAAAGUUUGAAAUAUACUCUAACGAUUCCACCACACUAUUGUAUGAUCAACCCAUGAUCACUGUUUUUGAUCACUCUACGUUGGAUAAAAUACGUAAAAGCAGUCGAAUUGCAUCAAAGGUGAUGAUACGAAAAGAUGCGCACGGAUUGAUGACAGUCAACAUGUUAAAUGAUACAAAAGAUGUGUUAAGAUCCAAUGAUAGAGAAACAAAAAGAGCCAAGCAAAGUUCUACAGCAAGUUUGCCGAUACAUUACCCAGGUAUAAUAAUAGAGGCAUCCAUGCUUGAGAAAUCUCUUCCUGAACUAUUGGACGUAAACGAAAUUGAAUCGAUGAUGAUAGAGUACAAUAAUAGGGAAAUGUAUUAUACCCUGCCGAAUGGAGAAAAUCAAAGCGAAGAACCUUUGAAAAGAACAUCAACAUCAGAGGUCCCUGCAGAUGACAGCUCUGAGUAUAAUCCGGCAACAGAGGAACUACCAUUAUACUUUUAG